CUCCCACUGGUCUUAGAUCAUCUGAUUUAACCUCAUCUCAAUGGGAGCUGCCUACGAUACCCACAUCUUCCCUCGGAUUAGAUGGGGACCACAACGACGACGACACCGUGUACCCUAGUGCGUCUGUGCCCUCGCCACCGCCGGAGCAGAGCCCAGCUUCUGCAAAGUCGCAAAGAAGGCAGACGUUGAAUGGGGACGAGCUUAUGGCAGUUUGGGGAAGGGUUGGAACACAAGUCCUUGUAUACGCCGAAAGUUUAGUUGAGAAGUCCAAAAAAGUGGUCAUAGGCGAUGGAAGUGCCGAAGGGUUCGUUCACGAGGUGCUCGCUGGCGUACCCCAGGCAGCCAAAAGUGAUUCAUUCGGUCACUUGGUGUUCGUUCAGGUUGCAUCUACGAUACAGAAACGGUCGAGCGAUAUCAUGCCAGGUGAUGUGAUCGUCUUGGAAGAUGCCAAGUUCAAAGGUCACAAAGGUCUUUCUGGCUACUCCAAUCACGUUGGAGUAGGUGGAACCCCUUUAGUUGGGAUUAUCCACGAGUUCGAGCCGAAAAAGAGCAAGGUCCGCGUGUAUCGGGCCGUCUUGGCUCCAAACCAGUACCCUGUAAGUUCUGCUUCUCAUUCCUAAGCAGGUUUUGAAUUUGGUCGACGGGAUUACAGAGCGUCGAGUCAGUUAGCUAUAAACUCGAGGAUCUAAAGAGCGGUUCAGUCCAGGUCUACCGAGUUGCAAGCUUAUGAUAUUCAAUGGAACGGGACGAAUGGGGUUCAUUCCAUAUCCAGCAUUUACUUCUGCUGCUGUGCAGUACUAUCUUUGGACCUUAGCUCCUACUG